GCCGGUCAAACACAUUGCACCGCCCCGGGGAGCUGCGCUGUGCACCGACUGCUCGCUGAAGCUCAACGCGCGUAGAACUGCGGCAGCCUGGACAGGGGGACUGUGAGCACGCCGCCGACCCCGUUAGCCUCCGUACCCAGGAUUUACAAGCUCCCAAAGCCGGACUUCUGAAAAGGACCAUUUCACACUUUAUUACAGCAGCACAUUUUUCAUACAAGCCCAGGGAGGCUACGGCAGGAACACACCGGAAUGGUUUGCAGACUCUAUGACUAGACACACUUCUGGACGAAAGCCCGUUGAAACAUUCAACCUUCACAAUUUCAACCUCAGGCUAAAAAUCAGACCCUUUCAACCCUAUACUGGUUCACCAGCGUUUCUGAGAGACACGUGCUGUGGAAAAUGAGAGCAGUCCCAAUUCUCCUGUUGAUGGUCCUGUGUGCUUUGCUGCUGCAAUCACACAUCUGCUCUGGAAUCAAAUGGCUAGCCCUGGCUAGAACCCCAGCAACCCUCUUCUUGAACCAGACCCAGCACUGCAAGCUGCUGGGGGGCCUGGUCUCCUCACAAGUGCAGCUGUGCCGCAGCAACCUGGAGUUGAUGCACACCAUCAUUCAGGCAGCCAAGGAGGUGAAGAAGACCUGCCAGAAGAGCUUCUCAGACAUGCGCUGGAACUGCUCCUCCAUCGAGCUGGUUCCCAGCUUCACCCCAGACCUCGAGAGAGGCACAAGGGAAUCUGCAUUUGUGUAUGCCUUGUCUGCCGCUGCUAUCAGCCACACCAUCGCGAGGGCCUGCACCUCCGGGGACCUCCGGGGCUGUUCCUGUGGGCCCAUCCCAGGAGAGAUCCCCCAGCCAGGCUACCGCUGGGGGGGCUGUGCCGACAACCUCCACUACGGCCUGGUCAUGGGCUCCAAAUUCUCAGAUGCUGCCAUGAAGAUGAAGGUGAAGAAGUCUGGGUCUCAGGCUAACAAACUGAUGCACCUACACAACAGCGAAGUAGGCAGACAGGCUCUGAACGAUGCUCUGGUGAUGAAAUGUAAGUGCCACGGUGUCUCUGGCUCCUGUUCUAUAAGGACCUGCUGGAGGGGCCUGCAGGACCUCAAGGACAUCGCCAUGGAUCUGAAGACCAAGUACCUGUCUGCCACCAAGGUGGUGCACCGGCCCAUGGGCACCCGCAAGCAACUGGUUCCCAAGGACAUCGACAUCCGGCCCGUCCAGGAGAACGAGCUGGUCUACCUGCAGAGCUCGCCAGACUUCUGCAGCAGGAACGAGAAGCUCGGCUCUUUAGGAACUCAGGACAGGCAGUGUAACAAGACCUCCAGUGGCAGUGACAGCUGUGACCUGAUGUGCUGUGGCCGUGGCUACAACCCCUACUCGGAGAAGCUGGUGGAGAGGUGCCACUGCAAAUACCACUGGUGCUGCUACGUGACGUGCAAGAAAUGCGAGAGGACUGUGGAAAGAUACGUUUGCAAAUGAGAGGCUUUCUGUCUCUUCAACCCAGAGAGAGACAGCGACAUUACCAGAGCACUAUGCACCACAAAGCCUUGUUUUGUCUUAAGCUUCAGAGGGUAUAUUUUGUUAAGAACUUAUUUUUUUAACAGAACUUUCCACGGGACCUUGUUUCAUCUACAGACUCCUCCAGGAUUUUUUUUUUAAAGACGCUUAUCUCUACACCUGGACGGUGGAACAACAACAACAAAGGAGUUUUCAGCUUGGAAAGAUAUUUGGAAAUUGGAAAUGUAUGGAAACGAAAUUGGAAAUGCAAUGCAAAACCAUCCCCAUCCCAAGUCUACGAUACAUAAUUAUUUUCGAUGACUUGGAAGUUGUUUUUUACAAAGGGUGAUAUCCAUUUCUUUGUUGGUACCAUUUCCAGCUAUCUUCUGAAGAAAUAAUAAUAAUCAAAUAAACAUUUUAAAUGAUUCUUUACCACUUGGAUGCGAUGGGGGAUCUCAAAUACUCGCAGUGUGUAGCUAUCCAGUUGGAAUUAUGGGACUGUGAAUAACUUUGCUUCUGCUUAUAAACC